UCUCAGACGCUGAUGCCGUUUUCAUUCCUGUAUGUUGCGAAUAACGCCGCUAUGAUAGUGAUAAACGUUGUUCGCUUUGGCUAUAUCGCAAACUAAACGAUUUAAUGCAGCGUCCUGCGCCGUCUUGCUUAACUUGUAUGACAUUUCCUCAUUCCCCCACCGCAAAGAAUACAGCGAAUGUGGUUCUUGAAUCACGAUGAUCGCAACCCCUUACGCCCAAGUCGACGUUUCUCUUGAGAAAUAAAUGGUUGUUAGACACCGCGGAAAUCUAGAACACGAUGGAAGAUCCAAGAGCGAGGUAAACGCCACCGGCUGUGAAUCGGCCUUGCACUUUUUUCCCAACCACGACUUACCUCGCAACCAUGGUAGCCAUUUGCCUCAUCUGCGACGCUCCAAGCAGGAGCCGAUGCUCUCAAUGCCACAAUGUUGCUUAUUGCAGCAGCGAGCACCAAGCACAGGACUGGCCCGCUCAUAAAGCUUACUGUAAACUCGUCAGUACGCCCGGAAUUACUACCUACGAUGCCAUCCUCUUCGGCGUCAACGAGACAAGGCCGCGAAUGAUAAAACUCCCCUGGUCGUGGGGAGCAGACUACGAAGAGUUGGAGCCAGAAGAGCGAUACCAGAUGUUGGAAAAGCAGCCGUGGUAUAGUGAACGCAGCGCGUUUGUUCGCACACUUUUUAUCGACACGUUCGGAGCCACCCCUGUGAAGCUGGGAUAUACGCUCGCAGUGCAAUAUGAUGAUCACUUCAAGAUCAACGGGUCUCCAGUAAACCGCUGCAUCCAGGCUAUUAUGGGAGGAGAGGCUGCGAUACGUUGGGCAGGAAACGUUAUGGCAUUGAGGGCGGAGGAUAUGUAUGUCUAUAGGCAUGGCGAUGCGAUUUUAGAGAAGGAUUUGGCGCCGAUGAUGGAGUUCUUCAAGGAUUACGGGAAGCAGCAUGGCGGGGGGAUGCGCUUCCUCACACAACAACCUACCUAACGGU